AACUAGGUGAGCCAUUGCGAAUAGAAACUAUUUUUUAUGCUAUACUAAUUUUGACACUUAGAUGACACUUUAAAAACUACAAAAUUACUUAUAAAAAAUUCUUCACAAUUUCACUGUUUUUCUCAUAAAUCUUAAAGCGAACUGAACGUCCUUUUUCGAAGUGAUGGUGCAUCAAUUAGAUCGUGCUGCUAUCCAAUUAUUAGACAAUGAAUUCUACAAACAGGUGUACAUAUUUGGUCGGACCAUAGAAAAUUUAAAAUCCUACGAAGAAGAUCUAGCUUUCGAUUGGCUCAAUAAACUAAUUAUCGUUACUGAUAAUGUUGAAGAAGUUCGCUUAAGAAAUGAUUUCAUGCAUUACCUGGUGAAAAGUUGUAUAAACGGCCAAUUGGAUCCGCCAUUCGAUGAGAAGCCACCAUCCAAGGGAUCUUUUUUGUCUAUGUCAAAACUAUUGCCAAAGAAGACGAGGUCAUGCACUAGGUUCGGAAAACAUGAAUCGAAAAAGGCCGCUCAGAUUGAAAACCGAACGAAAAAUAUUGUCAGCAAGAUUUGGCAUUAGCUCACAUAUUCAAGUUUGAACUACGUUAAAAAAAGGCAAAGUAUAAUGUUUAGGGCAUUUGACAUUGACUUAUGUUUUGAGUUUAUACAAUGGUCAACAGAGAAAUUAAACGAUCAGAAAUAACAGGAA